AUGGCUUCACCUUUUCUUCCAAAUCCUGUGGACAUCUCAGCGCAAAUUGUUAGACGAGCACUUCGUAAAAAAAGAGUUUUUAGGGACAGACAAAAUCCCCUUGACUUUCCUGAUACUUACUUGUAUGAAAGAUACAGAUUUUCUGCGGAAGGAAUAACUUAUCUUUGCGAACUUCUUGAGCCGCACAUAACAAAUGUGACUCGUCGAAGCCAUGCACUUACUGUACCGCAAAUGGUAUGUAUUGCGUUGCGUUUUGUUGCAAGUGGUACAUACUUGUAUGCAGUCGGUGAUGCGGAGAACCUAGGGAAAAACACGGUUUGUCGAACCAUUCGCAAGGUGGUCCUCGCACUGCAGGGGUACAUAAAUAGCUUCAAUGUGUUCCCUGGACAUUUAUCGACCAUGUCCAUAAAAGAGGGAUUUUAUAAAAUUGCCGGAUUCCCUAGAGUCACUGGAGCAAUAGACUGCACACAUGUUGCAAUCUCCACAGCUCUAGGAGAACAUGAGGCAGAUUAUUUGAACAGAAAGUCCUUUCACAGCCUUAAUGUUGAGAUGACUUGUGAUCAUGAAUGCACGAUCACAAGCUUGGAUUCCAAAUGGCCUGGCUCAGUGCAUGACUCACAAAUUUUCCAUGAGUCUAUGUUGUGUCAGUGCUUUGAGGAAGGGCUUUUUGAUGGCCUGUUGGUAGGAGACCGGGGUUAUGCAUGCCAGAGGUUUUUGCUAACCCCCUAUCCUGACCCUCAGACAGGGCCACAAUACCGCUUCAAUGUGGCCCUCAGUAAAACCAGGGUCAAGAUCGAGAUGACCUUUGGCAUCCUAUUUCCUAUAAUUUUUAUUUGGAGCCUACUCAGCUCACAGUCCAGCUCCUUUAGUGAUUGGUCUAGUUCGAGACUCCUUUUGUAA